AUUAAAGACAAGGCACGAAGGGAGACCCCAACACCCCCCAAGCCACAGCCCGCAAGUUGUCCCACCCCCACACUUGGUGGCAGAGUACCACGUUGUCAUUGUAAAUUUCCUUAUUUGACCUCGAUUGCACAAAAAAACAAUAAAACCAGACACUACUCUUCGGUUCCCCCCAACAAUAUUUGGGGGCAUAUUCUCUCUCCUCUCACUCACUGGCUCUUCUUGGGCGAGGUCAGAACCCACAUGCUCGAAUCUUUUCACCGUUCUCACUCUACCUGCCAUGUCCACAAACCACUCAAUUAAUGGAGACUCCGAGUCCCUCCUUCGGCAACCUUUGCUGUCUUCGCAGAGAUCCAUUGUCAACUCCACGUCCCAGGUUGCUAUUAUUGGCGCCAAUGUCUGCCCAAUUGAGAGCCUCGACUACGAGAUUUUCGAGAAUGAGUUCUUCAAGCAGGAUUGGAGGAGCAGAGGGAAGGCUCAGAUAUUGCAGUAUGUUGUUAUGAAGUGGCUCUUGUGCUUUCUAGUUGGAGUGAUUGUUGCUGUCAUUGGGUUUUGCAACAAUCUCGCAGUUGAGAAUCUCGCUGGCAUCAAGUUUGUCGUCACUUCCAACAUGAUGUUCGAAAAUAAGUUUCUGUUGGCCUUUCUAGUAUUUUUUGCUUCAAAUUUGGGUCUCACGCUUUUUGCCUCUAUAAUCACGGCUUUGAUAGCUCCUACUGCUACUGGUUCAGGUAUACCAGAGGUGAAGGCUUACCUAAAUGGCGUGGAUGCACCAGGAAUAUUUACUCUACGAACUCUGUUUGUUAAGAUUAUUGGAAGCAUUACAGGAGUAUCAUCAUCUCUCAAUAUUGGGAAGGCAGGGCCUAUGGUACAUACAGGUGCAUGUGUGGCAGCAUUGUUGGGUCAGGGUGGGUCAAAGAGAUACGGGUUAACAUGGAAAUGGUUACAUCAUUUUAAGAACGACCGAGAUCGACGGGAUCUCAUAGUAUGUGGAUCAGCAGCUGGAAUGGCUGCUGCCUUCCGUGCCCCUGUUGGUGGUGUGUUGUUUGUUCUUGAAGAGAUGGCAUCUUGGUGGAGAACUGCCCUUCUCUGGAGAGCUUUCUUCACAACAGCAGUAGUUGCAAUUUUGCUUCGUGCCAUGAUUGAUGUAUGCUUAAGUGGUAAAUGUGGGUUAUUUGGUAAAGGAGGACUGAUAAUGUUUGAUGCUUAUUCAGCAAGUAUUUCAUAUCAUUUGGUGGAUCUUCCUCCUGUUUUUAUUCUUGGUGUUAUAGGGGGGAUACUUGGCAGCUUAUAUAAUUUGAUGUUGAGCAAAGUUCUUCGCAUAUACAAUUUUAUCUACGAGAAGGGCACUGUUUUCAAAAUUUUGCUUACUUGUUUAAUUUCCAUGUUUACAUCCUGUCUUCUUUUUGGAUUGCCAUGGAUUACAUCAUGCCGACCUUGCCCAUCUGACCCAACUGAGCCUUGUCCUACAAUAGGUCGAUCUGGUAUCUACAAGAAAUUCAGCUGCCCUCCUCAUCACUACAAUGAUCUUGCUAGUCUUAUUUUUAACACAAAUGAUGAUGCUAUCCGAAAUCUAUUUAGCAAGAAUACUGAUGAUGAGUUUGAGCACACAUCAAUGCUCAUCUUUUUCAUCACAUGCUUUUUUCUAAGUAUCUUUAGCUAUGGAGUUGUUGCUCCAGCCGGUCUUUUUGUGCCAGUUAUUGUGACUGGUGCAUCUUAUGGACGCUUUGUUGGAAUGUUGGUUGGCAAACAGUCCAAUCUUAACCAUGGCCUUUAUGCUGUACUUGGCGCUGCCUCCUUUCUUGGUGGAUCCAUGAGGACAACAGUUUCUCUCUGUGUAAUUAUGCUAGAACUUACCAAUAACUUGUUAUUACUCCCCCUAAUCAUGAUGGUGCUGUUGAUAUCUAAGACUGUAGCAGAUACUUUCAAUGCAAAUAUAUAUGACCUUAUAGUGAAAGCCAAAGGUUUGCCUUAUUUAGAAACUCAUGCUGAACCAUAUAUGAGGCAGCUAACAGUCAGCGAUGUAGUCACUGGCCCACUUCAGAUGUUUAAUGGCAUUGAGAAGGUUCGUAACAUAGUGUUUGUUCUCAAAACUACAGGACAUAAUGGGUUUCCUGUUAUUGAUGAGCCUCCAAUUUCAGAAGCUCCAGUGUUAUUUGGCAUAAUCCUUCGUGACCAUCUUCUCACGUUGUUGAAGAAGAAAGCUUUCUUGUCCUCACCUAUGGCAUUAAGUGAUGAUGUCUGGCAUAAGUUUUCAUCAGAUGAUUUUGCAAAAAAGGGUUCAAGCAAUGGUCUAAAGAUAGAGGAUAUACAGUUAACCGAGGAAGAGAUGGACAUGUUCAUAGAUCUACAUCCAUUUACUAAUGCUUCGCCUUAUACUGUUGUGGAAACAAUGUCACUGGGAAAGGCCCUUACACUUUUUCGAGAGCUUGGUUUGAGACACCUGCUUGUGGUACCUAAGAUCUCCGGUAGAUCACCUGUGGUGGGUAUACUGACACGGCACGAUUUCAUGCCAGAACAUAUAUUGGGUGUGCAUCCUUAUCUAGUAAUAAACAGGUGGAAAAGAUUAAUACUUUAGCAACCUUGUUUAGGAAAAUUUUUUGGGUGUACAAGCAAAAGCUACCAAGUUUGAAGUUCAACAGCAACGCCUACAUAUUCUUGUCUUUUAGGCCAUGAGAGCAAGGGUACCAAGCUUAAUUAUUCUAGUGUUGCAGAAGGCAUAAAUUUUUUCGCCCCCAACUUCAUCAUGGAAUCCAGUGCUGGAGUCACAUUUACAAAAAUCAAUGUAUGAUAUGAGCCCUUUUUGAACUGUUCUUUAUUGAAUAAUCAUGUGAAUGCGUGCCAUAGGAUAUACACGUAAAAAUUUGUUCUUUGGAAUUAGAAAAAGGCUGCUUAAAAGCGGGCCUUUGAUCAAGUGAGUUACCUUUUUUCUUUAAUUGCAUUACACUUUUACGUCAUAAUAAUUAAUCAGUGGUUGAUUGUGGGUUCUUCGUUUCUGCCAUAGAAAGA